CUUUUCUUCAUGGCAAGGUUUAACCUUUUCUCAAUCUUAAAUCUGUUGGAUUGAUACAAAAUUGAGUUUCUUCCUUGCUUAAUUUUGAUAUGGGUAUUUCUUGUUUUGGUUUCUCUUGUGGGAUUGUUCUUCUUCUUAUGCUCUGUAGCUCAGGAGCAGAAGUUGUCACCAUUGAUGUUCACGCAGCCAAGGAUCUGAUGAAGUCUGGACACGGUUAUCUUGAUGUUAGGACAGUAGAGGAGUACAAGAAGGGUCAUGUUGAAGUAGCCAAGAUUUUCAACAUUCCUUACAUGUUCAAUAGUCCACAAGGUAGGGUGAAAAAUCCUCAAUUUCUAACAGAAGUUUUAUCUGCUUGCAACAAAGAGGACCGACUUGUUGUGGGUUGUCAAAGUGGAGUAAGGUCCUUGUCUGCAACUUCUGAUCUGCAAAAUGCUGGUUUCAAGCAUGUGAGCAACAUUGGAGGAGGUUAUCUCGCUUGGGUGGAUAAUGGGCUUCCAAUUGAGAAACCCAAAGAAGAUCUCUAGUUUUACACCCAAAAAAAAAAAAAAAAAA